CACUGUGGCACCCAUCAUCAGUAGCGACGUGGAACUUGUGCCGUGAAGGUCGCGGCUCCUUGCAGGACGGACCAGCACUCUUCCUUAUCCACCCUUAACACCUAGACACAACAAGUGGAUAAAGCAAAACUACUAGGAAUUCAGUUGAAUGUCAUCUGGAGCCAUGAUGUAUGGGUAUCAACAACAAGCUGUGGCAGCUGCUGGUCAGCAGUAUCAGCAGCCAAACCAAGAUAAUUAUCAACAACAUGGAUAUCAGCCACAGGCACAGCAAGCAUAUCAGCAACAGCCACAGCAAGCAUAUCAGCAACAACCACAGCAAGCUUAUCAACAACAGCCACAGCAAGCCUAUCAGCAACAGGCACAGCAACAACCACAGCAACAGGCACAGCAACAGGCACAACCAGCUUAUCAGCAACAAGGUUACCAGUCAGAGCCCCAACAUGGCUAUCAACCACAACCUCAGCAAGGAUAUCAGCCUCAGCAGCAACAAUAUCAGCCGGAACAAUAUGGAGGGCAGCAACCACAACAGCAGCAGCAGCAGCAACAGCAGCAAGCAUCAUUCCAAGAAUUUAUUGAAACCCAGGAAAACAAAGAGGGUGUUCGUUUUUCGUGGAACGUUUGGCCAUCCAGUCGAAUUGAAGCAACUCGUAUGGUAGUGCCUGUGGCUUGCACAUACACUCCAUUGAAAAAGCGUGAUGAUUUGCCUCCAAUCUGCUAUGAACCACUCAAGUGUACGCAGAUGCAGUGUGGAGCUAUCUUGAACCCUCUUUGUCAGGUGGAUUUCAGGUCGAAGAUGUGGGUAUGCUGCUUCUGCUUCCAGCGUAACCCCUUCCCCAGCAGCUAUGCUUCCAUUAGUGAACAAAGCCAGCCUGCAGAACUAUUCCCUUCUUAUUCUACCAUUGAGUAUACUAUCAUGAGGCAGCAGAAUAUGCCCCCAAUCUUCUUAUUUGUUGUGGACACGUGUGUUGAUGAGGAAGAACUUAAUGCACUGAAGGAGUCCAUCACCAUGUCUCUCUCCCUGAUGCCAGCCAGCGCCCUUGUUGGACUUAUCACCUUCGGCCGCCAUGUCCAUGUUCAUGUUCUGGCAAAUGAAGUGAUGAGGAAGCAGUAUGUUUUCCCUGGAGGAAAAGAUCAGACUGCAAAAACAGUUCAAGAGUAUUUGGGUGUUGGACUUAAGACUGCAACACAGACUCAGAUGCCAGGCCAAGCUGCACCUGCACCACAGCCAGGUCAAAUGAAUAACAGGUUCCUACAACCAGUUCAAGAAUGUGAGAUAAUGUUACAAGAUAUUCUGGCUGAUCUACGUCGUGAUCCCUGGCCAGUCAUGACAGGCAAACGUCCUCUGCGAGCCUCGGGAGCGGCAUUGUCAAUUGCUAUUGGAUUACUGGAGGCAUGUUACCCAAAUACCGGUGCCCGAAUUUUAACAUUCCUUGGUGGUGCCUGUUCCUAUGGCCCUGGAAUGGUUGUGGACGACGACCUGCGUAAGCCUAUUAGAUCUCAUCAUGAUAUUGAAAAGGAUAGCUGUCAAUAUAUGAAGAAAGCCAUUAAGUUCUAUGAAACACUUGCCAAGAGAGUAUCUGAUAAUGGUCACGUCGUGGAUUUGUAUGCCUGUGCCCUGGACCAAGUGGGAUUGCAUGAAAUGAAGUACUGUACUAACUACACAGGUGGCCACAUGGUUCUUGGAGAUUCAUUCAACUCAUCACUGUUCAGGACAACAUUCCAGCGUGUGUUUGCCCGUGAUGAAAAGGGCAAUUUGGAAAUGGCUUUCAAUGCUACACUAGAAGUCAAAACUUCCCGAGAACUCAAGAUUGCUGGAGCCUUGGGUGCGUGUGUGUCAGCCAAUGAGAAAGGCCCAAAUGUUGCCGAAAUGGAGAUUGGAAUUGGUAAUACGACCAAAUGGAAGCUUUGUGGCUUGAACCCUAAUACUACAGUAUCUAUAUUUUUUGAAAUUGCCAAUCAGCAAGGGUCAGAUAUUCCUGGUGGGAGAGGCCAUGUACAGUUCAUCACCAGAUAUCAACACCCAUCUGGCCAAACAAGAUGCAGAGUUACCACCGUUGCUAGAAAUUGGGCAGACCCUCAAAGUGGCCAGCACUUCAUAGCCCUUGGCUUUGACCAAGAAGCAGCUGCAGUACUAAUGGCUCGUUUAGCUGUUCAUCGCUCGGAAACUGAUCAAGAUGGAACUGAUGUACUUCGCUGGGUGGAUAGAAUGUUGAUUCGCUUGUGUCAGAAGUUUGGCGAGUUUACUCCUAAUGAUCCCAAUAGCUACAGAUUCCAGGAGAACUUCAGUCUAUAUCCUCAAUUUAUGUUCCAUCUUAGACGGUCACAGUUCUUACAGGUCUUUAAUAACUCUCCAGAUGAAACUUCAUUUUACAGAUGUAUGUUAAAUCGUGAAAGUGUGACCGAGUGCCUCACUAUGAUCCAGCCAGUUUUGUAUAGUUAUUCAUUCAACGGGAUUGAAGCAGUCAUGUUGGAUACGUCGUCCAUACAGCCCGACCGCAUCUUGUUACUGGACACCUUUUUCCACGUUCUCAUAUUUUUGGGAGAGACAAUGGCAGCAUGGAAGCGGGAAGGUUAUCAAGACCAAGAAGAAUAUGCAACUUUCAAGGAUCUACUACAGUCCCCAAUUGAUGAUGCUCAAGAUAUUCUAGCUACCAGAUUCCCUAUUCCCAGAUAUGUAGAGACAGAACAAGGUGGCUCACAGGCACGAUUUCUGCUGUCGAAAGUGAAUCCAUCACAAACUCACAACAAUGCAAUUUAUGGCGGGUCAACCAUCCCAGACCCCAAUUCUACGGAUGGUGGAGCUCCAGUUCUUACAGAUGAUGUCAGCUUGCAAGUUUUCAUGGAACAUCUUAAGAAACUUGCAGUUACAUCCAAUGCUUGAAAUAAAAUUUCCUAAAGUUUAUUUUUUAUAUCUAGAACAAAUUAAUUAAUCAUGUUCUUUGUCGAAGGUUAGCUCAGAAAAUGUUUUGAGUAACUUUCUAUGAGUUUUAAUAUAUUAUCUGGUAUUUGGUAAAUAGAGCUAAUGAGCCGGUGAAAUGAUAUUGUAUAAAAGUUUAAUAAAUUUCCUUGUUCAAGAAAUGUUUUUAUUAAUCAGAAACAUUAAAAGUAAAGACCAAGGUGGUUCUAUUGUGGUUCCAAUUUAAUGUUUUCAAAUGUGUGCAUGUACAUAUUAUCAUACCAAGAUUUAUGACUUAAAACAAUUGGUUAUAUUUUUAUAUAAAGUAGGGUAAUCAUUUUCUGAAGUUGUAGGUAAAUCUGCUGAUUUUAGGUAAAUGUUCCACACUUUAGUAUUUUCUUGUAUUUAUUUAAUUGGUGAUUAUUAAAAUUUAUUUCCAGUUA